GUUUAAAUGCCCCUGGAGCAACAGUUGAUUUCACGUCUAGUGAAUUUGACCCAUUAAUUGCAUUAUAUUCCGAUAGCACAGUAGUUCCAGACAAAAAUGUAAACCCUUUUAAUAACCUCGCUGAAUUUGAUAGUGUUUCAAAUAAAAAACGACAGGCACAACCCGGCAAAGCAAGGCUGCUAAGAGAGGCCAAUGCGCAGCGCAUCCUAAAGCUGCAAUUGCAAAGCCAGUCCAAGAUUCGUCAAAGUGAAUCGACAGAUAAACCUGAAGAUGAAGACCAGGCCGAAAAUCGCAGACGAGUGGACAGAAAUGUAUUGUCAAGAAUGGAAGAUGAGCACCACAAAGGACCAUUCAGUUUGCUGCGGAGGUGUGUCAAGGAGAGAAAGAAAGUGAAAGUACUGACUAGAAGUUUCAAACAUGUGAGGGGAAUAUGUUCAGGAUACGUUAUAGCCUUUGACACACAUUUUAAUUUAGCAAUGCAAGAUGUUGAUGAAGUAUAUGCAAAGCCAUGGAAACGAAGAAAGAAAAGAAAAAGGCAUGAAAAGGUGCGUAAAGAACCCACAGCCAAUGUAAAUGGUGGAGUGUCAGGAACGGUGGAAAACAACUUAAAGGAAAAUACUGGAAACAGUUCAUCUCAAAUCAUUCAAGUUCAUGGAAAUAAAAAUAAAGAAGAGAUCUAUCCUGAUGAAAAUCAGAUUGAUAAAACAACAAACAAUGAAACUCAAGUGAAAGAUGCUGAGAAACCAAAGAGUGUCAAGCCUUAUGAUAAUAUUGUUGGUUUGGAUGACUGUGAAAGUGCUGUGAAAGACAAUAUUGAUGAUGAUGCUGAUAGUGAAAGUGAAAGUGAUGAUGAGGAUGUUGGUGCCCUAACAUCUAGAUUAGCAGAGCUGCAGCAUGAACUGGCUUAUCUUGCUGAAGCAGAAAUGAAAAGUGAAAGUGAAAGUAAUGUUGAGGAUGUACCAAAGGAGGUUAUUAAGCUAGAGGAAGGGGAAUUGUCAGAAGGAGAGAUUUUGGACGACCCAGAUAAUGAUGAAAAGGAUGUUAAAGGUGCUGCUAAAAGUGAUCAAAAGGUGAAAAAGGAUGAGCCUUCUAAACAUUCUCAUCAUAAACCAGGGUAUGAUAAGGAAGAGAAAAAACAUGGUGAAUCCUCAAGUAAGCAUCAUGCAAGAAAACAAAACAAUGAAAAAAAGCAUGACAGGAAGCACCACAGAGACACAUUAGAUAAAAGGAAAGACGCACAUAAAAGUUCAUCUUCAUCAAAAACGAGCAGUAAAAAUAGAGACAGCAGGAGACAGUCAAGUUCAUUGCCCAGGCAACCAAAGAUGGAGGUAAAAUCUGGACAUAAAGAGGGCUUGCCAAGAAGAGCCAGCUCUGAAACAAGGCUUGGAAAAAAGAUGGAAAUAAAAGAUACUAAAAGCCAUGGAAACAAGGACAAAAUGAAAGAGAAGAAAAUUGUCACUGUAAAGAAUCCAAAAGGGAAAGCACCUCAAAGCCAAGAAGGUGAAGCAGGUGCAAGGACCAUUCCUAGUUCUCAGGGAAACAGCUGUGUAUAUAUCACUCGUCACGUUAACCAGCUGUUUAUCAGAGGUGACAGUGUGGUGCUCAUAGCUGUUGAUAACUAAUAUAAUUAUAUUGCCAUAAGGCAACAUUAUAGAUAUUAUAGUUACAAGACUAUUUUUAUUUUUAUAUUAAAUGUCAAAAUUAAUUUUGGGUAUAAAUAUAUUCAUAUUAUAGUGAUAUCUGUAUCUUUCAUAGUACUGAAAGUCGGAUCUGCAUUAUUUCCUUCUUU